GCUAGCGGGACUGUCUCCUUCCCCCCUUUUUUAUUUCUUCCUCUCCUAUUUUAUUUUUAUGUUUCUUUUAAAACUUUCUUCAAAACCUGCCAUUGGUUUUCUUCUUUCUCCAGAAAUUUUAUCUUUCUCUCUCCAGAAAUUCAAUUGAACUCUACAACCUUCUUCUUCCUUCAAUCCUUAGGAUCCUUAUUUUCAUAUCUCUUUUUUUCAGAUCUUCUCUCCUUCAUCCAUUCGCUCACCCAAUUUGACUUUUCAUUUUCGAGUUUCAUUUUUUUCAAAAAUCGCGCUUUGUAAUCAAUUAUCAAUUAUCGCAGAAAAAGUAAGCCUAAAUUAUUAGGGUUUGUGUUUUCGGAUUUUUUUUUGCGAUUUUGGUUUCUUUUUGAGUUAGAAACGAAGCAAACAAAUUCAAAAUAAAAUAAUUUGUUGUGCUGAUGUAUUGAUUUUGAGAUAUGAAGCGUGAAUUAGCGGCAUUGGAGAGUAAUUCUCCGUUGCCGAUUUCUAUUGGAAGAAUCACUCGUUCGAGUAAGCAACUUUCUGGUGUUAGUAGUCCGAGUGGUGUUUCUAAGAGUUUAGUGUAUAAGAGAGUAAAAAGGUCUGUUAAAGUUGACGAAGGUAAAAGUAAUGGUGUUAUUAAUGGUAUUGCUAACGUUGUGAAUAAGGAGAUUGUUACUAAAGGUUCUUCAAUAGAGGUUGUAGUGGAGGAUAUCAAUGGGACUUCCAAUGUUAUAGACAUAGUAGAUGAUGGUUUGAAUAAUAGUUUACAGUCUGAGGAACCAGGGUUAGUGUCGCACAAGGAUUCUCAGGAAUUAUCUUUGGUAAAAAUUGGAGAUACUAAUGGUGGCAGUAUGGAAAUUGAUAAAGAUAAAAUUGUCGAAGGUGUUUCCCCGUUGAAGAUUGUUAAGGGUACUGUCAAGAAAUCGUCUGUUGAGAGAUAUCCGAGGAGGUUUACGCGAUCAGCAUUGAAAUCCAAGGAGGAUAUAAUGCCAUUAGGGAAUGUUUUUGAGUAUCCAAAUGAAGGAAAGCUAAAGACGGUAAUGAAUGAGACCAAUGGGGAAAUUUGUAAGGAAAUAGUUGUUUGGGAACCUCAAAAGAGCGAAAGCAAUGGGGAAGUAAAGAGUUCAUUACCUAUGAAAUAUACUAGAAGGUUUACUCGUUCAUCUUUAAAGCCUAAAAUUGAUGGUAUUAAUGGCGAACUAGUUUCUGUAGAUUUGAAAGAGGUGGUGGUACCCGUUACGAGUAAUGUGGAGGCAGAAUGUGGUGUGAAGAAGCAGGAGGAAAAACGUAAAUCAGCUACUCGAGGUAAGAAGUUGGAGAUGAAAAUGUCUAAACAAAUAUCCCAUGUAAAAGCCAUAACAACUGUUCAGGAGCUUUUUGAGACGGGUUUGCUGGAAGGUUGCUCUGUAUAUUAUGACGGCGGCAAGGAUGUGAAGCUUACCGGAAGAAUCAGAGGUAUUGGCAUAUUAUGUUCUUGUGGCUUGUGCAAAGGUUGCAAAGUUAUUCCCCCUUCUCUAUUUGAGAUUCAUGCUUGUAAUAAGUACAAGCGGGCUGUACAAUACAUAUGCCUUGAAAAUGGCAGGAGUUUAAUUAAUAUACUGAAAACAUGCAAGAGUACUCGCCUUAAUACUGUAGAAGCCACAGUUCAAAAUGCUGUUGGUCCUUUGCCUGAAAAGAAAUUACUUGUUUGUCAGAGCUGCAAAGAGCCGUUUUCCUCCAUGGACGGAGAAAGUUCAGAGCCAGUGUGCGGUAGAUGUGUUAUGUCAAACUCAUCCCCUAUUGGUCCAGUCUACUCAGCUCGUAAAUUCUGUAGGUCUUCAAAAUUUUCUAUUUCUUCUCAAGCUGUUCCAGCAUGUGAUAUGCCUCAAGAUAGUAGUCAGAAAAAGUCAGCUGUAAAGUCAGCCAAACCAUUUACUCCAAAUUCUGUCAAAGUUGCUUCCAAUUUACUUAAAGAUACAAAUCAAUUAAAAGCAGUUGAAAAAUCUAUGCCAAGGCUUCGCAGCAGUUCUAGGGCUGAAAAAGCUUCAGAAACUAAGACAUCCGAGGAAAUAGUAAAAAAUUUGCAAGAAGUUGCUGAUGUGGUUAAGACUUGUAGCAGUCCUGUGACGCAAAAAUCUUCAAAAGCAAAACGUUUGAAGGAAGUGAAGAAAAGGUCAUUUAAAGCAACAUCAUCUACGAAGCAUUCCGAAAUGAUUCGUUCAAGAAAAUGUUCACCCAGAAGUGACUCUGCAAAAUCAACGAAAAAGUUAAGCGUGACGCCCAAGCCUCCAAAGACUCCUUCGUUUUUUAAAUCUUCAGAGAAGAAAACCAGUGGCAAGAUUACGAGAAAAGAUCUUCGGCUACAUAAGUUGGUUUUUGAAGAUGAUGUGUUGCCUGAUGGAACUGAACUUGGCUAUUAUGCAAGGGGGCAGAAAUUAUUGGAUGGCUUCAAAAAAGGUGCUGGUAUUCUUUGUAAUUGCUGUGAUACAGUGGUUAGUGCGUCACAGUUUGAGGCACAUGCUGGCUGUGCUUCACGAAGGAAGCCGUAUUGUUAUAUAUAUACAUCUAAUGGGGUUUCACUGCAUGAGUUAUCUGUAACUCUAAUUAAAGAUCGUCGUCAUUCGGCUAAGUACAAUGAUGACCUGUGCUCCAUUUGUGCGGAUGGUGGGAAUCUACUUCUUUGUGAUGGAUGUCCUAGAGCCUUUCACGUGGAAUGCGCUUCUUUGCCAAGCAUACCUCGUGGUAAAUGGUAUUGUAAAUACUGUGAGAACAUGUUUGAAAGGGAGAAAUUUGUUGCACAUAAUGCUAAUGCUCUUGCCGCUGGAAGAGUCUCUGGAGUUGAUUCCAUAGAGCAGAUCACCAAGCGGUCAAUUCGGAUUGUCAACAAUCUAGCAUCUGAAGUUAGUGCCUGCAUUUUGUGCAGAGGGUAUGACUUUUCUAAGUCAGGAUUUGGACCGCGUACAAUCAUCCUCUGUGAUCAGUGCGAGAAGGAGUAUCACGUUGGCUGCUUGAAAGAAUAUAAAAUGGCAGACCUCAAGGAAUUGCCAGAUGGAAAAUGGUUUUGUAGCACUGAUUGUGGAAGGAUUGAAUCUACGUUGGAAAAUCUUCUGAGUCGAGGAGUUGAAAAGCUUCCUGGUUCUCUUGUGGAUGUUAUCCAGAAAAAGAACAUACGAACUGGUCCGAAUAGUGGAACUGACGUGGAUGUGAGUUGGAGACUACUUAGCGGGAAAAUUGCAUCUCCUGGAACUAGACCUUUGCUCUCGCAGGCUGUAGCUAUCUUCCAUGAAUCUUUUGCCCCAAUUAUUGAUGUGGUGUCUGGACAUGACCUUAUACCUGCAAUGGUUUAUGGGAGGAACGUGGGUGGCCAAGAAUAUAGCGGCAUGUAUUGUGCUGUGUUAACAGUCAACUCAGUGGUUGUAUCUGCUGGUAUUUUCCGUAUAUUUGGUUCAGAAGUUGCAGAACUCCCUUUGGUUGCAACGAGCAGCGGUAACCAUGGAAAAGGUUAUUUCCAGACGUUGUUUGCAUGCAUUGAGAAACUCUUGGCGUCUCUCAAAGUUAAGACCCUAGUGCUUCCAGCGGCUGAGGAGGCUGGGUCCAUCUGGACAGAUCGUUUUGGCUUUAAACAAAUGACAUUUGAUCAGAUCCGUGAACUGAAGAAAAACUUUUGGUCAUUAGUGCGGUUUCAGGGAACUUCUAUGCUACACAAAGCAGUUCCAGAGUGUGGUGUAAAAUGAGAGUUCAGCUAAAUAGUUGGCUCUCUUAGCAGAUUUUGGUGCUGUCUUGUGUCUGACAGUGCGGAGUACAGCCUACCCAUCUAUAGUUUAUACAGUCUGAGAUAAUAUUUUCCGUUGCUCAUAGAAGCAUCAAAUUUCAAUUAUAGGUUUUUUCCCUUAAUUGUUUAAAAGAAAGAAAUGCAAAACAUUUGGACACAUUUACUAGCUCUUUCAAUUCUUCCUUCCCUCCAGUUGGAAGAAGUUCUGUAAUUAGUUAGGGCAUUCAGCCUUUUGACUGGAAGGUUCUAUUUUUGGAGUAAAGGGAAGAACGUUGUACCUUUUAUCUUCAAAUGUUCAAAUUUUGUCUAGUUUAGUAGAAAUCAGCGGUUUUUUGGCCUUUGAUAAAGUUUUUUUGUUCAUAGCCUUUUAGCACAAAUCAAUAUGUGUGUUUUCUGGAUUCUGGAGUAGAAAGUUUUUAAGGUUUUUGUUAUAUAUGAGCUGAUUAAGUUUGUGCUCGAACAUUGAAAAUUCUUGAAUUUACUUGUGUUGUUACAGUGGAAAAGACAAUAUAUCGAAUUUGGAACUUCAUUCAGGUAAGUACGUUUACUAUAAGCCAAUAAGCAUGAUGGACCGAUGGUAAAUAAUCCACCCGUCUUCACAUUUUGGCUAAAUCGGUUGGGUUUAAGGCCAGGUUUAGAUGAAAUGGCUAAACCGGUUUGGUUCUAUAAACGAAGUUUUUUAUAGAAGAAAAUUGAGAUAGAUCAUCUUGCUUCUUUGUUUUAACCAAUAAUACAAGCCAUCCACUAUCACAUGUACAACUUCAAAGACACCAUUUUUCAUCCAAGAUAUAAUCUCUAAAACUAUUGGGUUUGUUUGAAAAACAAGUAUUGGCCCGUUUGACUAGUGAAAAAUACUAGCUGAAUUAAUAUUUGUUUCAACCGGUUAUUGUGGAGGCGUUUUAUAAAAAUUAAUUGUGACC